ACUUUCCAAGCAACCAUGAAAGUAUUUCUAAUACUCGCCGCAAUCGUUGCAUUAACCACAUCUUCUGUGGUUAUCAAAAAUGGAAGGAGAUAUGAUGCAGAUGAAGAAAACCCGAUUCCAAAACAAUACGUUUAUAUAACUGAUGAAGAGGGGGAAUUACAUUUGGUUAAUUUGCGUCAAGAACCGAGAAUAACUGUUGUUGAAAAAUCAAAUGUAACUCUUUAUUUAUACACUCAAGAAAACAGAGAUGGUGUAAUGUUAUCAGUCGAGAAUUUAGAUGAUUUAUUAAGCUCAAAUUAUAAUCCAAAUAAUAAAAAUCUUUUUAUCUCUCAUGGUUGGCACGGAAGUGUUACUAGUGGAUUAAAUAGACAAAUCAGAAACGCUUUAUUUGAUCAAGGCGAGAACUUGAACGUGUUUGUUAUUGAUUGGAACGACCAUUCGAGAUUAUUUUACACUGAAUCUGUAUACGCCGUGCCGCUAGUGGGAAAAAUCGUUGGGGGUUACAUCAAUGAAAUCAUUUCUCAUUUUCAAUUAAAUGCAAUUGACUUUUUGUUAGCUGGGCAUAGUCUCGGGGGACAAGUUGUUGGUUGUAUUGGAGCUGCUGUUGAUGGGGAAGUUGAUCAAAUCGUCGGGCUUGACCCAGCUCGCCCAUUAUUUAGUUUAGAUAGUGUGGAUACUAGAUUAGAUCCAACCGACGGUAAAACCGUUCACAUCGUCCAUACAAAUUCGGGAUUUCAAGGGUUUAGUUCUUCUAUUGGACACGCUGAUUUUUAUUUUAAUGGAGGUAGCAAACAAGCUGGUUGCGGACCCGAUUUAACUGGAUCAUGUUCUCAUGGGCGAGCCGUUGAUUACUACGUUGAAUCUUUAACUUCCGGAAACUUCAAAGCUCUUAAUUGCCCAAGUUAUGACGAGUUCUUAGACGGAAUUUGCGAUGGAAACGAAGAAGUUAUUUUUGGACAAUGGCCUUUAGAUAGUUCUCAAGGUGGAGAUUACCAUUUAGAUACCGCUGAAUCUUCUCCGUUUGCUUUAGGUUAAUUAUGAUGUGUACAAAAAUAACAAUUUAUUAAUAAAAUAAAUUUUGUGAUUA